AUCAAUCUCGGUAAGGUUCUUUUAUGAGAAGGUCGCCUCAGGAACAAAGGCAAAUCGCACAAACCACCACCACCAACCACCUCCUCCGCCUCCUCCUCCUCCUCCUCCUCCUUCAGUGACCCCCGUGACACUACCGUACAUGGCUUGCGGUCGGCGUCGGCCGAGAGAAGGUGGAGGUGCCGAGCUAGAUGUCGCGACUGGACCUCGUCUUGAUAGUCCUCACUUCUUCAAGAUCAUUCUCUCCGACACCCUUCAAUCUGGGAAGCUCGGAAUUCCGAAAAAAUUCUUAGGAAGAUAUGGAAAGGAUCUCUCAAGCUUGGUGCUACUCAAGGUUCCGGGCAGCUCGACUUGGAGAAUUGGAGUAGAAAAGCCUAACGACGGCACGGUUUGGUUGUGGAAAGGGUGGCGAGAAUUUAUGCAGCAUUACUCUGUUGGUCAUGGUCACCUCAUAGUUUUCAAAUAUGAAGGAAACUCCAGUUUUCACAUGAUGAUAUUUGAUAAGAGCGCUUCAGAGAUUGAUUAUUCGUCGAGCGGCAUAUCGAACCUCAGGAGUGGAUUUAUCUCGCCAAAGAGGGAGGAUGUGGUAGAACUUGAAGAUUCGGAGGAUUGCACUACUCAUCAAAAAAUGAGGGUCGAACCUCAUUCACCAUGUUCUCAGUCGAGUCCAAGCUGCUCAUCACAAGAUCUCGAAGAAGGGAUCGGACAUUCUAGAUGCAGAGUGAGCCAUCCUGACCGGAAUUAUGGUGGCCUGACAAGUUCGCGUCCUCUUCCUAGUUUUGAAUUUGCCAGCGAAUUUGACUCAGAGUAUCCUUUUUUCAAGGUGGUGAUCCGGCCAUCUUAUAUUGGACAUGGUACACUGAAUGUUCCUUGUGGUUUCAUCAGACAGCACAUCCGGAAAAUGAAGGAACUCGCAACUCUUACGCAUUCAGACAGAACAUGGCCGGUGAAGCUUAGGAGCUAUCCAAAUGCAGCGGCAUUCUCUUCUGGUUGGAUGGCAUUUGUGAGAGGAACUCGCUUGUGUGUAGGAAAUGUCUGCGUGUUUGAGCUAAUUGAUAGAGAUGACAUUGUAUUCAGAGUCUACAUUAUCAGCAGUGCAGGUAGAAACUUGAUUUACAUUGUGCGAAGUGGAACUUUAGGCUGGUUAUGGCAUGACACGAAUUCUAUGCUAAAGAUCUUCAUAGUCGGUUAAAGAAAUAUUCACGGCAAUAAUGUCUCUAAAAGUUCUCAUUUUAACGCCAGACAGGAACAAAUGGUCUAGAUGCAGAAUGAACCAUUCUGAGCCGGUAUUUCGUGGUCCUACUCUUCCGAGGCCUCUCAGGACUACUGAGUUAGCCAGCGAAUUUGAUUUGGAGCAUCCCUUCUUCAAAAUGG